AUGCCCGAAGCCGAUGAUCAAUCCAAUAAUUCACCAUCAGCUCACGACUUUCCACAACCACCAACCACUACCGCUGCUGCCGCCAAUCCAUCGACUCAACAACAACAACAACAACACUUGAACAACAAUGAUGCUGCUGCUGCUGCGAUCGAUGAAUCGUUGAUGUUAGAAAAGGGAGCUCCAAUGCCACCACGAAAGUUCUACCGACAAAAGCGAUAUUGGAUCGUGUGUUCUAUCAUUACAUCCAUCAUUGUCGUUGUGAUUGUAUUGCUUGCUCUAUUUGUCUUUUACCCAAUGAUUGCUCAAUUCUUGAUGAAUCAAUCAGGCAUUGAGGUGGGCGAUGCAAGGAUUACGUUUGAUCCACCCAAGGAUAAUCUUCAAAAGCGAGGUGUGGUGGAUGCAUCAUCGAUCACGCCUGCCGCCGAUCUUAAUUCAACCUUUUUCAUGUCCAUGGCAAGUGAUUUGACAAACACGGGCCCUUUUCCCGCUGCAUUGCAUUUUCACAACCCCAUCAACGUAUUCUACAAUGACACGCUACUUGGAAAGAUGACGCUACCUGACAGCAAUAUUGCGCUUGGCAAGGGGCAUAUUGAUGCUGUCACCCCAUUCGAGAUUGCAAAUACAACAUUCUUUGCGCUUUUUGCAAAGGAGAUGCUGGCGGUUGAAGAAUUCAAAUGGCGUCUCAAAGGAAAGCUUGAUAUUACUGCAUUAACUAGAACUGCUACGGUGGAUCUUGAUAAGGAAAUCACUAUUGCUGGCAUGGGUGGUUUCCCCAAUGUUAAGAUUGAAUCAUUCAAGCUGCCAGGGGAUGAUCCAAAUGGUGGCAUCUUUGUUGAGCUGGGUACAGUGCUUACAAGCCCAUCUCCUGUGAGCGUGCAAUUAGGCACGAUUUCCAUGAACAUUGCAUACGAUGGUGUUGGUUUGGGCGUUGUCUCUGCACACGAUGUGGUGUUGAAGCAAGGCGAAAACCAUAUUUACCUCAAGGGUACGCUUGUUCCACAAACGGAUCAAGGUUCACUUGACAAGGUGGGAACCUUGUUUUCCAACUAUAUUGCUGGGCGUGUAUCACAAACACAAGCAUCCGGUGUAUCUGCAGCACCCAAUGGUGUUGAUUCUGUUGGCUGGUUGAGCGAAGGUUUCCAGUCCGUCAAGCUAAAUGUGGGCCUUAGUGCAGGUGCCCCACUUGAUAUCAUCAAAUCGGUACAAUUGGGCUAUCUUGAUUUGGCGUUUAGCAAUGACAAGCCGUAUGCACCGAUUAUGUCAGCACCCAAUGUAGUUGCAGGCUUCCAUAUCCCAUUUGGUUUCUCGCUCAACAUCACCCAAGUGAAACAAGAUUUGGAGUUAGCCAACAGGGAAACGAACACAAGCUUUGCACGUAUUUCAACGCCAUGGAUGCCAAGUGUGUGCGACCAACAAGCAGGAAGGUUAUCCUUUGGCAUGGCCAAUGAUUCACUUGAAGCACUUGAUGGUCGCAAGCACGAGUUUAAUGACUACACGUACGCAUUAACGGCAAAAGACAUGUACAAUUUUUUGAUCCGAGGACAUGCAACGACGCAAACACAGACACCCAUUGGCAAUAUUACGCUUGAAGGCAUUGGUUUAAAUGUAACGACUGGUUUGCAUGGCUUACAAUUCCUCAACAGCACGCCAACUAUCAUCCACGGCAUUGAUGUCAUUGGGGGCCAACCUGAUCAUUUGGAGCUUGCUAUCAACACAACGAUGACCAACCCAUCCGAUUUUAGCAUAUACACUGGCAAUGUGGCGUUUGAUAUGAAAGCCAAUGACACCAGGCUUGGAACAGUGUACUUGAAUGGGUUGAAGCUUAACCGUGGAUCCAACACCAUGAUGGCAGCAGCGGCUUUUGAUCCGAAAAGCUCGUCGACGGGGCAACAGCUAUUGAGCACGUUUGUGAUGGGCCAAGACAACAGCGUUGGUAUUACCGGAUAUGAUCAAUCGACGUCUAUUGCUUCAUUGGCUGAUGCGCUUGGUGCCAUUUCCCUGACGACCACACUACCUGGAUUGAAGACACCUCUUAUCCAAUAUGCCAAACUUGUUGUCAUGAAUGAUACCAUACAAACCAGCAUUGUGCAUGUGCAAGUGGGUAUAGCCAAUCCAUUUACGGCCAACAUCACCAUCACAAGCGUCAAGUCAGCUGCUUCCUAUCAUGGUAUGCCCAUAGGCAACAUUGAUCAGCCCAUGAAUCCUCCUUUUAAUGUGCCUGGUCAUGCAACGGCCAACUCCUCUGAUCUCGACAUGAGGAUGAAUUUGGAGCCUUCCGCUGUUGCCUUGUUGUUGCGUGAUCUUGCCGUGCGCUCACAAAUGGAUACACGUCCUCUGGAUGCAUUAUUGACCAUGGGUGGAUUCCAUAUCAAGGGCCAAGAACAAGUGAAUCCUGAUCCAGCGUUAUUCCAAGGAUUCAAUAUUUCAUCCUAUGUCAUGCAAGCGAUGCAAGCCUUGGUUGUGGAUUUGCAACUUGAAUCGGGAUUGACCAUUGGCGCCUAUGACGACCUCUUGCGUUUUGCGCAAAACAAUGUGCCCAUUUUGACCGAUGACACGGUGACACGGCUGAUCCCAGUGGUUGGUUUACCCAUUGUGCAACAAAUUGUGGAUGGUGCCAAGCUUGAAUUUAGCACUGUGACCUUGUCUGAGCCCACGGAUACGGGAUUCCAUUUGCAAUUGGCAGGCUCACUUAGCAACACGGGACCCAUGGCAGCCAACAUUAGCUUUGCACAACCAUUGAACGUCUUUUGGAAAAAAGGUACCGAUGCAGAGAUUUUGCUUGGUACAGUGGCCAUGGAUGCGAUACAAACACAGCCUAAUAUCGGUGCCCAAUUCAAUGUGAGUGGUCAAUUUGCCAUUGCCGACGCUCAACGUAUGGGCGAAUUUGCUGCCUAUCUUAUCAACAGCGAUGAGUUUGUGUGGGAUAUCGUGAGCCAAGGUGGGGUCAAUGUUGAUGCCAUUGGAUACGUCUUUACGGGUAUCAAUAUGACUAAGUCGGUGACACUCAAAGGUGCUCAAGGUUUUAAAAAUUGUGUCGCCAUCCAUUCAUUUGAUCUACCAGCCAAUGACCCUGCAGGUGGUAUCCAACUUACUGCCCAGACUGAAAUCAGGAAUCCUAGCCAAGUUGGAUUUGUAUUAUCAGGUGCUGCAUUCGAAUCAUUCUUUGACAACACGUUGUUGGGUCCUUUGGCAUCGGCUGGUGAUGCUGUAUUCCCAGCUCAAGGCACCAGCAACAUGAAAAUGAAUGGCCGGCUUAUCCAUCAAGAUUCUCAACAAGGCCUUGAUGCUGUUACAGAGGUGUUUUCAAAUUACUUGGCGGGCAAGUCUUCACCCUUAACGGUGAAGGGUGUAUCUGGAUCGGGUGCCAAUGGACCUGUGGGAUGGCUGACGACUGGUUUCAAGAGCAUUAGUAUCGACAAUGUUACACUUCCAGGCCCUGAUAAGGUGCCGGAAUUGAUCCCAUCCAUCACGCUUGAUGAUAUGCAACUUGACUUUACUAAAGAAGCGUAUGCACCUAUCGCUGGAUCAAACCACGUGCGUGCUCAGCUCAAGAAUCCCUUCGGCUUUCCACUCACCAUCAGCUCACUCAACAUGGAUGUCGAUGUAUCCUAUCAGAAUCAACGUACAGCUCAUAUGCAUAUCCCUGAUGUACCUUCAUCCACUGAUCCUCAAGGCGUUAUCAAUACGGCAUUCUCAAAUGUGCCCUUCAAAGUCGAUGACAGUGCCCACGGCGUAUUUAAUGGAUUUACAAAGUCGCUUACCGAAAGUAACAGUGUCACAUUUGGCAUGGCUGGUAGUGCCAAUUCGGUGGCAGAAACAGCUGUUGGAUCACUCAAGCUGCACAAUAUUACGUACAAUGUCCAGACCUCAUUGAAUGGUUUCAACAACUUUGGUGGAAAGACGACUAUUGUUAAGAUGGUUGUAUCUGGUGGCACAAAGGAGUACAUUGAGGUUUCAUUGACCGUUUCAUUUGAUAACCCAUCCAAUAUUACGCUCAACAUUGGUGAUCUUGAUUUUGAUGUGGUGAUGAAUGAGAACCAGGUCACGAUUGGUCAAGUGCAUAUGAAACAAGUUGAGCUGAAGCCCGGCACGAAUACGCUGGAUGCUAUUAUGCAUCUUCACAAUGACGACCACAAGGACGUGAUUGAUCAUGUGGUGAGCAUUUACAUGACCGAUUCGCAAGUAGCCUUACGUAUCCAAGGAACACCUGCCUCCACUGUUGUUGAGUCUCUCAAGGAUGCCCUUGCCACGGUGCAUAUGGAUACAGUGAUGCAUGGUAUCCAACGGCAGCUGAUUCCCAAAGCAGAGGUUCAAGCACAAGCAACCGUUGUGUUGAGCAAGCAAGCCAAAGCUUGGAUCACCCUACACAAUCCUCUUGGUACACCGUAUACACUCUAUAAGGCUCAAGUCGAUGUCACCAAUCCCAAUAAUGGCAACCCCUACAAGAUGGGCUCAGUGGAUUUUGUGCUCCCCGAACCACUUAAAGUUCCUCCUGGUCAAGAUGUACGUACAAGUGAAUGGCCAGUGGAUAUCGAUGCCAAUGCUUUGCAUUUAUUGGGUCUACUUGGUGAUGGUGAAUUGGAUCUUGACUUGCAACCCAAUGUCACUGUCACGGUGGGAGAGAACGAUGGAACAGGGUAUUACACUUCUUUCUAUUACUAUCAAGACAAGGUGCCAGCAUCCUUGGAUAUCCAGGCCCUUGGAAUUUCACUUCCCAACGAUGAAGAUGCAAAGAAUGGUACUCUUCUUGGUGGAAUUUUAUAA